AUGCACAGGAUGCCCACGGACUUCCAGACAAUCGCGUUCACAGGUGAGCACACGAAGAGCGACAAGCUCAUCGAUGCCCCAAGUCGGAAAGAGAACUCCAAGGACUUUGAAGGAGUAGUAGACGGAGAAUGUGACACUGAGCCAGCGAUCGUUGUCGUCCGGAAAGACGACGACAGCAUCGAACCACAUGAAGACGACGUGAUCUACAAGCGACACGACGCAGUUGGGUUUCUUUUUCAUAAACCCGGCAGUCAACUGACCUGUCUUUCCACCUUCUCCGGCAACCUGACCCUGCACGUAACCUGCCACCACGCUAGUCAUCUCGUCACACUUCUUUCAAGGAAUCUAACGCUCAGCGAAGUAAGCGUGCGACCGCGUGUGGGCUAUGCCACGGAAUCGGAGACAGCCGUUCUGGUCAGUUCGCAAGCGCCUUUCACGACCUUCAAGCUGAAGUGGAAUCUCAAGCCUUCGGCAGAUUACCUCGUGUCCGCAAGCUUUUCCGGAGGGCUUCACCACGGAGAUCACCGGAAGUGGCCGCCUGGAAUGUACCGUGAAGUUGGUGACUCGUACACGACGGUGACCUCGUACGUCGACCAGCUGCACGAUGCCGCUUUCUUCCCGACCGUGCAGAGUGUCAUGCUGAAGUCAAGAUUCAGCUUGUCCGUGCUUAAGCCGAACGCCAGUGUCGCGGUGCUCUCGAGCUGGGAUCUCUUGAAGGACGCCCAAGGACACGACGGCCAGACUUAUUCUGUCUUUCAGAAGACACCUCCGUUCUCAGUCCACCAGGUCGCCGUAGCCGUCACCACACUGCCCAAGGCGACCGACGGCUUCACUACGCUUCACGCUCACGCGGCAAACAUGCCACGGCUUCAGCACCUGCUCGAAUUCUGCACUAACGUCGUCGAAAUGGCGGCGGAGGCCACCGGAAUAUCUUUUCCAAACAAGGGACUGGACGUUUUGGCUCUCCAUAGGUUUCCUCGCCCGUGCCACUCUACCUGGAAACUCGUCGUCGUUAGAGCCGGCACGUUCAAGGCGAAUGCCGCCGGAGGACUGCACACGAACCUUGGCCGGCCAUACCUGCGCUUGACCAUAGAACUACUGAGCACAUGGUUCGGGAACAUGGUCACCGUAGGAACGUGGCUGGACAGGGGCCUUGCCGUCCUUUACGCCAUCAAAGUUCUUAAGCUUGCCAAACCUCAGUGGCUCCUGGAUGACAUACUUCACCUGUAUCGAUUCGUCGCGCUGUCCAGCGUCGACCUCGGUCCGACGCAUGAGAAAGUGUUGUACGACUACGAGCUUCCGAUCACUGCUGUCUCUCUCCUGGCCAUGUUUCGUUUCGCUGUCGGCCAGGACAGCUUCAAAGCGGCCACCACCAAUUUCCUCAAGAAGACAGGGCGUGACGAUGUUGUAGAGCAAGACUUCUGGGACAGCCUGAAGGCUUCAAGUUCAACGGAAGAUAUAGCUAAUUACACGCUAGUGUGGAGACAGCACUCGGGUUACCCGCUCCUGAAAGUCGUCCGAGAAGACGCCGAGACAGUUCACGUCGUGCAGGAGCCGUUCUUCUGUUUGAGCUGUCACGAUUCGAGGAGUCGCGCAGGCACGCAGGAUCAGCAACAGUCACCACCAGCAACAAUAUGGCCAAUACCUAUUACGCUUUCCUACGCUAGCGAACCACAGAAGAUAGACGUGACGGCCGUCGUGUGGAUGGUUUCUCCUGAGGUAACGUUGAAGGCUCCUAAUGCUCACUUCGACGACUGGGUGCUGCUGAAUGUGGGCAACGAGGGCCUCUACCGUGUCGACUACGAGGACUCCAACUGGAGUCACCUCAUUCGUCAGCUGCAGAACGACAGCUCAGUCAUACCUGUGGCGAAUAGAGCACAGAUUAUCGAUAACCUCUUUCAUCUGGCUUUGGCUGGCUAUAGGACUUUUCAGAUGUUCUUCGCGUCGCUGGACUACCUGGAGAAAGAACGCGACACGCUUCCCUGGACGCACUUCGUGCGGCUCGCGCGGGCCUUGCCACACGCCGCCGUGGUGAACCGCACGGCGUGGUCGGCGCUGAACCGGCGCAUCUGCAAGGGGAUCGUGUCGGAUCUCGGCACAGCCGCCAAAGAGCCGGCGAUGCCGCUUGCCCGAAGCGACUUCAAGUACGAUGUGCUGCAGUACUGCUGCCAGUUUGGACACGAGAAGUGCCCCGCGCUCUUCUUCAUGCGUCGUCACAACCCUUAUCAAAAGACGGACGACGGAGUCAUCCUUGAGAGACCGUGA